UUUAAACGGGUCGUUAAUAGGUCUAAGUUUUAUUUUUCAAAGUACCCAUAAAAUGGGUUCUAAAAAUAAAGGCACUGAAAUAGAUGGGUCUUAUAGAUGGGUAACACCCAUUUAUCAACCCAUAUUUUUAAUGAACCCAGCUCUUACGGGGACACAGCCACGUUUACUCUCCCUCUUCGCCGCCGAUCGCCGCCUUGCCGCCGCCGAUCGAGGUCGUCCGACAGCUCAAUCGUCACGGUGUCGCUGGUCCUGCACUCCUCACAAACCCUAACCCCCGUUUCCAAGCAGAUAAAUCACUCCGGCCACCACCCGCGGUGGGGUUUUUAGCUGCGCAGCUGGAGCAAGAGAGAGAGGGAGAGAGACAGAGACUAGUCAUCAUGUCCAAGAUGGUUGUUGAAACAAGAAGUAGCAAAAAUUGUCAUAUCUAUUAACAGACAGCUGCGUGAGAAAUCAAUCAAAACUAAGGUUGGUGCUUUUGCUGUCUUGAAAGAACUUGUGGUUGUAUUGCCAGAUUGUCUUGCUGACCACAUUGGAUCACUUAUUCCUGGAAUUGAAAAGGCACUAAGUGACAAGUCAUCUACAUCAAAUUUGAAAACUAAGGCUUUGAUCUUUACAAGAUUGGUGUUGACUUCACAUUCACCUUCUGUUUUCCAUCCUUACAUAAAGGCGCUUUCCUCCCCUGUUUUAUCUGCUGUUGGCGAGAGAUAUUACAAAGUCACAGCAAAAGCAUUACAAGUUUGUGGGGAGCUUGUUCGUAUUGUUUGCCCAAAUAUUGAGGUGGGGUACGCUCAUCUUAUGAUCUAAGAUUUCUUCGUUGACAUGUCAAGACAUAAUGAGGAUCGAGGAGAAUAUUCAACUACCGAACAAUCUGAGAGAAGUGGAGUUACAUCCUUAGUUCAUGAGGAUGAGGAAGAUAACUCUACUUGCUCUAAUGCAUGGUCUAAAUUCGAAAAAUUCACAGAUGGUGAUGGCAUAAGUAAGGCUAAAUGUAAGUGGUGUGAAGUAACUUACAUGGCUAGCCAUGGGACAAAAAACUUGUUGCGUCAUUUAGAUACUUGUCCCAACCGAGAGGUUAAUGUUGAUGGUUCUGUAGUACAAUUCGACCAAGGUGUGUUUAGAGAUAUGCUUGCAAGAGCGAUAAUCAAACACAAUUAUACCUACUCUUUUGUAGACCAUGAGGCAACUAGAGAAUUGUUUAGUUACCUCAACCCUAAUGUGAAGCACAUAUCAAGGAAUACAGCAAAAAGUGAUGUGGUAAAAGUUUAUGAGAAAGAGAAGAGAAUUUUGAAAUCCAAAUUAUUGUCUCUUUCAAGCCGAAUAUGUUUGACUUCUAACGUAUGGACUUCUAUUACUACGGAUCAUUAUAUGAUUGUCACUGCCCAUUAUAUUGAUGAGGAUUUGAAAUUGCAUUCAAAAGUCUUGUGUUUCUCCUAUGUGCCACCUCCAUAUAGUGAUGCCAUACGUUUAGAAAAAUUGCUGACUUUGUUGAGAGAAUGGGGCAUUGAGAGAAAGAUUUUCAGCAUCACUUUAGAUAAUGCAUCAUACAAUGACAGUAUGAUUGAUCUUUGGAGAAAGACACCUUCUGUGAGAUCCUCUUUGUUAUGUGAUGGACAAUUUUUUCAUGUGCGUUGUGGUGCAUAUGUUUUGAAUCUCAUCGUACAGAAAGGUCUAAAGGUCAUUAAUGGAUCAUUACAUAAUAUUAGAGAAGCUGUCAAGUAUGUGAAAGCUACACAAGAGAGGAGAGUAAAAUUUGCCGAAUGUAUAUCAGAGUCGGUCUUAAAGACCAAUAAAAAGGUACUUCAAGAUGUGCCUACUAGAUGGAAUUCUACGUACCUAAUGCUUGAAGGUGCCCUUUUCUUUGAAUCUGCAUUUUCACAUUUGAAGUUAAUUGACUAUAACUUUGUCACAUGUCCAUCUUCUGAAGAUUGGGUCAGAGGAAAGAAAAUUGCUUUCUUGUUGAAACCCUUUUAUGAUAUUUCUACUCUAUUCUCUGGAGUUAGACAUCCUACGGCGAAUUUAUAUUUUUAUGGACUAUGGCAGAUUCAGCUUCAUUUAAUACAGGCAAGGGAUACUGAGGAUGAGGCUAUUAGUUCUAUGGCUAAGGCAAUGCUCAAAAAGUUUGAAAAAUAUUGGAAGUGUUAUAGUGUUGUCUUAUCAUUUGCUGUUAUAUUAGAUCCUCGCUAUAAAUUACACUUGUUAGAGUUUUGCUACUCAAAGUUGGACAUGGAUGAUCAUGUGGAAUUUGUACGGGGCAUUCGAGAAAAACUCUAUACACUUUUUGAUGAAUAUGUGACCUCCGUGUCUAGAGAUGAUUGCUUUACUUCUUCAACUAGUCGAGGUAACAUUUCAGUUGAAGGCAUCGAUGAGAACAUUGGGGAUGACAUUGAUGAGUAUGAUGCAUUUGAUGAGAACUUUGGGGAUGACAUUGAUGAGUAUGAUGCAUUUGAGAGUGAACACUUUGGAUCACAAUUUACUAAGUCACAAUUGGAUUUGUAUCUAGAGGAGAAUAGGCUUGAUAGAAAGAAGUUCCCGGAUCUCGAUGUCCUUGAUUAUUGGAAGACUCAUUCUCAUCGGUAUCCCGAGUUAUCCCUCAUGGCACGUGAUAUAUUGAGCAUUCCUAUCACUACCGUUGCCUCAGAAUCAGCCUUCAGCAUUGGAGGGCGCAUUUUAAAUAAAUAUCGUAGUUCCCUUUCCCUUGAAAGCGUAGAGGCUGAGCUGUGCAGUAGAAAUUGGUUAUUUGGAGUUCCGCCUAGAGAAGAUUUGGAUGAGGAGUCUCUCAUCAUUGACUUUCAAGAGUAUUUGCAUUAGGUCCUAGACUAGGUGUUGGGUCAUAAUGAGGAGGUUUCCAUAUUCUUUAUGUCAACGCCUCUUGCAGCAAUAUUAGGAGACAAGAUUGGUGACAUGCAUUCUACAUGGGGAAAUUACGUGAAAAGCUUGGAUAUGAAGGGUAUUAUCAUAUUAUGAUAUGGCUAGUGCUUCGAAUUCCUUGGCACUUGAUCGUGUAUCGCACGUUAACUACGUUAGGGGAUUUUCUUUUUUAAAGAGUAAUUCACUAGGGCCGAUCCUAGAAGAUUAUAACGUGGGCUUGUAUUAACAUUACCUGAUACAGCUCAGGUUCUUUCUUUUUCCUACCUUUGCUUUAGUUUUUAUGAAUUUAUUAUUAUAAUUAUUGACUUCAUUAAUUUA